AUGGCAAGAACGGGUGUAUCCUUGCCGCCGCGCCGAGGGCUCAAGUCGGGGGCGCGCAAAUUGGCGGCGAUGUGCGUCGCCGGAACCCUACUUUUCUGCAGCGGGCAUGUCGUCGCAGAUCAGCAACUGGCAAGUCAUCAGCUUCAGCGAUUGGACUCACCAGCAGUCGAGUCGCCCUCCGCGGGAUCGGUCGUCGACUGCGAAGCAAAUACUCUGACAACCAAACCCGAGAAGCCUUUCAACCUCACGUUGUCAAAGGACAAGCCCACCGUCGCCCUGCAGUGCAAGGGAGACAACAACGAAGUCGUCCCACAAGAUCCCAAACUCGUCUGCAGCGUUCAGAAAGACCUCAAAGUGAAGGACUGCAAAGCCGGGGUUCCACCAGAUCAGCAACUAUCGCUACAAAAGGUCCUGGGGUCAACCAGUGAGAUCGAAGCGGGGCACCUUACUCUGGAGAAAGGCCAACAAUGGAAAUUGGAACUGAACGAGUCUCAGCUUCCGAGACUGGAUACUUCGUUCUUCGUGGGGUGUCAAACAAAAAACAACGACCAUGAAUCGAACUGCAAAGCCAUCAUCAAUGUGAAAGCGAGGCCUUCGUCAGCCAACCAGGACAACGUCGUCACCUGUGCGUACGGAAAGGACAGCAAUCCUGAGACCUUGAAGGUCGAAAUGACGGAAACAAGCAACACGCUAACUCUGGAUUGUGGGUACGGCGGCUCGGUCAAGCCGCCGAAGUAUACAGCCUCUUACUGCGACGGCCAGGACAUGGCAAAUUGCACAAAGAGCUUCACAGAGAUUCUUCCUCGCUUCGAAGAGAAGUGGUGGACGAAGGAGGACCCAGGAACGCUGCCCGCGCAACUGACGAUUCCGCCAACUGACUUUCCCGCUGAAGACCAGAGCUUUUAUAUAGGCUGUGCUCCUAACGCGUCCGGGGCUGAAAAGCAAAAGACCGGCGGUGAUCUUCCUCUUGGUCAGCAGGAGGCCCCUUCGACGUCAACCUGCAAAGUACGCGUGACUGUGAAGGCCGCGAGUUCUGUGUCGCUAGCGCAGCCUGCUUUGCCAGUAGCCGUGACAGCCUCUGGUGCUGUAGUUUUUGAGAGGCUUGUCACUGGAGCGUUUUAA